AAACCGUUGAGAAAAGUGCAUUCGGGAAACUUUUCAUUGGCGCGCGUGUCUUUUGUCCAAAUCCGCUUUACCGUUUUUUUUUCCUUCUGCAGUUUGGGCUUCCAAAGCGGAGAUUUUUUUCUAUCGUAUUUUUGUAACAACCAAUACAAAAAGUGUGGAAACGUACAGUUUGUGUGAUUUUUUUCUUUCUAUUCGAUAACUUCUAUCAAAUGCAAUAGAACGGUGUUGUUGAAGAUUGUUUUUCGUAUUAGUGAGCAAUAUAAGGAAGCCAGCAAUAAAAGUGCAUCAAGUACACACGCACCGAGGAGGGCAUAGAGGAAGUGAGUUGCAGCGAAACAGUUAUAAUUGAGGUGAUUGCAAAAUUAAUAUUCUUUGGCUUUAGUUCGAUUUAUUUCGCGGGUGGUUCGAUCGAAGUGAGUUGCAUUAUUGGCAGAAGAAAGUGCACGCGGCCACGAAGCGAAAAGGAAAGGAAAUUUAAUCCGGAAAAGCUUUUUUUCCUUUCUUUCUGGGGGUGUGUUCGGUCCAGUAAUGAAUAUUGAUUGAAUUAAUUACAAAUUGAAUAGAAGAAAAGUUUCAAAACCAAAAGAGAGAAGGUGGUGUUGCAUUUCGUCCAACUACCUGUGGCAAUAGUUGGAGAAAAGUUGUGUAAGAGGAAGUAAAGUUUUGCGGUGGAGUUUUGAUUAUUCGUGAGCACUGCCAAGAAGAAGUGGACUCGGAUUUUUCCGCUGCAGCAGCUGGUGUGGAUAAAAACAGUGGAGGGAGCGGCUACGAACGCAAGAGAGAAGCAACAGCAAUAGAUCCUUGAGCAGAUUAUUGAGCACUCGAGGGAUUCACCCACCACCACCACCACAGUGCAACUACUCGGUUUGGUUCAAUCAACUUGACCUGAGAUUGACCGCUUACUUCCCUAUAUGGUGGAUUGGAGGACAUCCGUCGUCUUGAAUGUGUGUUCUUGCUCAAUAGCUGGGUGCUGGUGCUGACGAUGCAAAUGCUAGGUCACCCGUCCGGUUGCUGCUGAUGCUGAUUUCAAUUCAAGAGAGAUUGCACUGAAACAAUCGAAAACUACGCAUCGAUCGAAGAUGUAAGCUGGAUACGUACAAUAAUUCGUGUGAAACAAACUGUGAUCCCUAGACGACAACACCGGAACGGACAACACCAACACCAUGGACACCAUAGAGGAAGUAGUUACGACAAAACCGAUGGACGCCGCCACCGACGAUGGUGGCGAAAUGGUGGACUUGCCACCGACUAUUGUGACCGAUACGGUAGUAGACAAUGACUCGACAAAAUCCUCGCAGGAUUCCUCGUUUACCGUGACGGAGUACAACAGCUCAUCGCUGAUGGAAGUGGUUCCAGAAAAACCGGCAGCUACUGCCGAAAUUAUCGAGCUUAUUGAUGGAGGUCUUCCCGCAAAAGAUAUGAUUGAGACCGACGCAGUCAAGGUGCUAAAUGGGGGCGAUGGCAGUGAUAGUGGGGUAGAAUUUGGCGGUAUUAGUGGUUCGUUGAACGAUACCGGGGUACUGCAGAGAGCGUUAAGUAAUAACAGCGCCGGGUAUGCUAGCAGUUGCUGCGGACUGGAGGAAGGCAACGGAGUCAGUGUGUCGUGCAACUCCAGUAUGAUCAGUUAUUGCUCUGAUGCGUAUGACAAGACCGGAAGUACGAUCCUGCUUGCUAAUGGAAGACUGAGCAACGACUACUGUGCUAGCGAAGGUGGUAGUGAGAGUUCCUCGGUUACGGGUGGACCAGUCAGUUCCUUGCGAAAGGCGGGUGGUACUACAAAGAAAAAGGUAGCCAUGAAGGAACCGUUGACCACAAGAUCACCACGAAAAUCAGCAGAGAGUAUUACAUCGGUGAGAAGUAGCUCACGAUCCAGAGCUUCCUCGCUGGGACGAUCGGUUUCAUUGAACUUGAAGACGCCUCCAACCUCAGCGUUGAAUGUUCGAGAGCGUGCUAGAUCUCGGGAGAAAAUAAUUUCUUCCAGUGCCACGAUGGGUAAGACUACGGUGACGUCUAAACAAGCGACGCAAGCCAAGCGACCGGUUAAGCCAGAUUCGUUACCAACCGGCAUCAAAGAAGGCUCACCCACAAUACAGAGGGUUAGUUUAUCCAGAACUCCUUCGGUAACGCGUGGUCGAACUCCAUUGGGUACUCCUACGGACGACGGCCGUUGGCCAUCGGUAGGCGGUAAAGGCAACACGACACCUCGUUCUUCCGGCCGGGCUAGCUCGGUUGCUCCGGAAGGCCUCGCAAUUAAAACUCGCGUCGGAACGCUAGCCCUGGAGGCGAAAGUUAGCUGCCCGUUGGAUAAAUUUGGAACUCUUCCUCGGCGUCGGAAAGAGAAAUCCGCUGAAGACUUGAAAAGCUCAAGCUCUCGCAGCGAGUCCGUAACUCGUGAAUCAAAUCGUAUGACAUCGUCGCUGAUGAAAAAGCUACCAUCGUCCAAACAGGAAACGCCCACGAAGACAAUGCCGAGUUAUCCGCGGUUGGUGGGCGUAACCAAGAAGCUAGUCCAGAAAACGAAGAUCUACCACGAAACCAGUGUUCAAACGGCGAUUACCAGCAAGGAUGUCGAAGAUGCAUUUAGCGGUAACGCCAAAAACAUCAAGGUAGAUGCGGUAGAGAUGUGCCACAGAUAUACCCAAUCGGAUAUCCGUGAUAAAGAGAUGGAAAAACUGGAAGAGAAGCUCAAAAAGCUAUCAGCCGAGUACUCCACGCUGAUGACGAAGCACUCGGAGAAGAGCCAAAUGGUGACGGCCCUGGAGCAAAAACUGCUCAAGGAACGCGAGGAAAAACUGGCCGCACAGAAGGAAUUGCAGUGCAACAGCGAACGAGUGCUGGGGAUGUUGGAAUCGGUACAUGGGGCUCCACUCGAAAGCGCCGAAGAGUAUGACAGUUUGUUGAUUUUGGAGUCGCAGCUGCAGCAGUCCGGAACGGUGCUGGAGAAGAAGCAGGAGGAAAUCGCCAAAUUGAAGAGGAGUUGCCGUGUGCUGCAGAGCGAUAUGGAACGGUCGCUGAAGAAUCAGGAGGAAUUGUUGAGGCAGAAGACUGAACUGGAGGAGGAAUCGUGCGAAAUGCAGGACUUCCUCCAGGCGGAGAAGGCAUCCUGUAUGGAUGCGCUGAAAGAUGCGGAGUUGGAGAUUUCGCAACUGAAGCAGUCGCUUGCUCAGAGAGAAAGUGAAAUCGAGAGACAACAGGACGAGUGUAGGCAUUUGGUGAGGAUUGGGGAGCAGAGAAGACAAGAGUUUCUCGGAAUGCAGGCCAAGUACAAUGCACUGGAGAGUCGAUCGAAGGACAUCCUACUGCAGCAGGGGGCAGCCGUGUCCGGUGCAUCGGUGGCAUUGUCCGGUUUGGGUUCGAGGUUGGAUCACCUGGUGGAGCAGUUGAUUGCUUCGUACAACAUUUCCGAGCAGGAUUUGGAGGACGUAAUCUAUCACAACGAAGCGUACACUAACAGUAGUAGCGGCGAUGGUAGUCCGGAAUCCGAACAACCUGGUGGUGGUAAUCAGAAUGAUCUACAACAGCAGCAGCGGCAUCAGGCACUGCAACAGGACUCCCCUCAGAAAUCCUGCAAGAGCGACACUCCGCUGUCUCCUCAGCGGGGCCAUUCGUUCAUAGCUGCUGUGAUAAGUGCGAUCAAAAAUGCCACCAGCAAGUCGACCGCGCUGAAAAAAAGUGCAUCCGCUGCUGCUUCGAGGGAUAAGCGGGAACUAUGUGGUCAUGAGUCCGACUCAACGGAGAUGCUCGAUUCCGAAACCGAGCCCUGUCUGAUGAUGGACAACGUCCUGGAGGACGUGGCCAUGCCGGAUUCACAUUCCCACAACAUGGUCUCUUCGUCGACUCGAAUUUCCCAAAUCGAGAUGCCAUCCUCGCUCGAGAGCGGUGCCAACAUGAUGAUCUCCCAUGACGAAUCACUGGAUAACCUGUCGCAGGCAAUUACCAAUCGGCAGCAGAUCGAGCUACAGUCCAGUAUUAUUGCCAGUGGUCGGUCGCCACGGUUCCGUCGAUCGUGCAGCGGCUCGGAACAGCGAGCUGGAACGGCUGGGGCCGAUCAUACCACCACUAGUCAUUCCUCGUCGCUUGAGGACGAUGAGAACAGCUGCUGCGCGGAGGCAUCCAUGGGCGAGAUGCCAUCGAUCUGCGAGUACUGCAACGCCCAAUCGCUGGUCGAUCAGGUAAUAGAUGUGGACAAUUUAAUCACCAAGCUUCUGAAGGUGCUGCGGAUUGUGCAGAUGGAUAACGAUCACUGCAUACAGGAGUUAAUCGGUCACAAAAACAAACUAGCUUUAACCAACGAGGAGAUUCAGGACCGCGUGAAGGAGUUCGAAGAUCUAAACGUGAAACUAAAAGACGAUCUCAAAGAUGCCUCGCAACAGCUACUGGCACGUGGAAACGAACUGGUCAAGAGCAAAGCCGAGCUCCAGUCCCAUCGAAUGGAGAUUGAUAAACUCAACGAGGACAUCUGUCAGCUGAGCACUCUGUGCGCCAAUAAACAGAAUAGCAACACCGACUGCGGACUGGUGAUCAACCGAGCGGACAUCAUUAGCGCUCUGAAGAUGUGGAACGAUUCGGACUCGAUUCCGGAGCAGGAUUUGAUUCAACACAUCAUCCAAGCGUGCAAUGAGAUUCCCAAGCUGAAAGCUCGCCUUCGGGAGAAGGAACAACAAGUGGCAUCACUCACGGCUGGUGCUGGCGGUGGAGGUAAUACCAACCUGGUCAUGACGGCCAGUUGGCACCAGGCACUGACCGAAGCCAAGCGGCAGUACGAUGCGAUCGAUCGGGCGCUAGAAACGCUUCACAGCGUACAGUCGGUGGUGGAGCAAUCGCCUGCCUUGAUGCAGCUGCAACGUGAUCUAGAAGAGACCAACUUCCAAGCGAUCUCGCUGGUCUCACUUCCGGCCCACCUGAUGACAUCGGGUCUCCAUCUACAUAAUGGUAAUACAAAUGGUGCUGGUGCACCCACCGUCGGCGGCCCCGGGGGCAUCGAUCUGAAUGCCAACCAAACAAAUGGGAACAGCAACGGUUCAGUAGCCGUAGCAGGACUGCAGCUAGGCCAACCGGAUUUUAUCGACUCCACAGCAUGACGGUAAAAGGAGUCGAGAAGCAUGGAGAACGAGAGUCACCGAUGAAUAGAUAGUGAGAUAAACAUUUUGUUCGUACAUGUUUGUUUGUUUGUUUAGAGAGUGUAGAAAGUGAACGAGGAAGUAUUGUGAUCAUAAACCUAUUUAGCAAAAGAGGAAAAUAAACUUAAAUACGACAGUUGCAGACUAGCCAAACAGCGAUCGAAUUCUAGAUUCGGUAACACAGGAUAAUAGAGAACAAAACGAAAACAAAUUGAGCAAAAUCUAUAGUAUUUUCAUGUUCCCUUGUUAGUGUCCAAAAUAGAACUUAGAAGUUUCCAAAUCCACAAAUUAGCGCUCGAGUUAGCGCUAUUGUAGUAUACAUUUUUAAAGCUGUUAUCAAGCAAACUCUCCAGGGCAGUGUUAAUCAAAACUAGUUGCAUUUUCCCAGCGUUUCACUUGUCUUAUCAGCGUCAAUUAUGAGUAUGAUGAAAUUACAGUUAUUAUGGUAGCAGUGUUUUAAUCGAUUAAGAUUCUUGGGACACUUUCCCGACUGGUAUAUACGGACGUAAAUUUGUGCAGUAACUAAGAGUCUCGAACUUAAAUUGAUUUAAAACUAGGGGCGGACCGCAGCUCAAUGUCAAAAUCAGUUAUAAUGGUUGCACUAUUCUCUUUGAAUCUAACUUAUCAAAAUAUCGUUCCUAUCUACAAGAUUCGAACGUUUCCUUACACAAACUUAAGCAAACGUUCAGUUGAUGCAUAGGUACUCCUAACUUAUUCAGCGCAACAAAUAGUGUUCUUUUGUCAUUGAUUGUUAUUACCUUGUCAUUUAUCGUAUUUUCUGUUGACCUAAGGCUUCAUUGCGUAGCUCUGAACGAGAAACUUUUUUUAUACAAGCAUUCGUACAAAAAAUGCUUCGUUCCGAGCUGCGCAAUGGUGGUCCCUGUUUCCAAUGUCCGCUGAAAUAGUAAUUCUAUUCACUGAGCUUGAAAACGUACUCCUUCGGUUUCGUGAAUAGGUGUUCUGGGUAUUCCUUGAUGGUGCCUCGCAUCAACCGAAUGGCUUAAUUUUAGAUUUGUUGGGAUCCAUCUAGAUAUGCUUCGUUG